UGGCACAAGUCAGGAACAGAACUUGGCCGUGGAACUUUCGGAGUCGUUUAUGAGGCGAUCGACGCGGAGACUGGAGAAAUCUUUGCAGUGAAGGAGGUUUCAAACUGUGCCACAUCAGUGAAAUCACUUGAAAAAGAAAUGGACACUUUGAGACAACUGAAGCAUGUCAACAUUGUCCGUUAUCGGGGAAUGCAGUUUGAGAAGGGCAGAUUAAGCCUUUUCAUGGAGUUGUGUACUGGUGGAAGCAUUUCUUCUGUGCUGGAUACAUUUGGACCAUUGACUGAAAGCAUUGUGAGAAGGUAUACCUGUCAAAUGCUCUGUGGACUAGAUUACCUGCACCGGCAUUGCAUCGUUCACAGAGAUGUUAAGUGUGCAAAUGCUUUGCUCAACAGUGCUGGACAGCUCAAACUAGCAGAUUUUGGUGGAUCAAAAUGGUUGUCUGAAUGUUCUACUGGAUCUCUACAUGGAACAGCAAGGUAUCUUGCGCCGGAAGUUUUGCGUGGAGAGCGCAUUGGGAGACAGGUCGAUAUUUGGGCUGUAGGCUGUUGCGUUGUAGAAAUGUUGACCAGACAGUUGCCUUUUGUUGACCAGUUCAGCAAUGAUUUUACGUUGAUGCGAGGGCUUUCUAAACUCGAUUUACCGCCUGAACCUCCAGAGAACUUCCCGAAGGAUGCUGCGAUGUUUGUCAAAGAGUGCUUCGUGAUGAAUCCGAAGCUACGGCCAUCCGCGUACAGGUUGCUCAAGCAC